AUGGCGCCUUAUGGAAGAGUACUCAACAGCGACGAGCAGGACCAAGGUCGACGUGGAAGUUCCGGCUUCCUAGGUCCUCGGACCGAACAAUUCGCCCUCGGUUCAUUAUUCUAUCUCAUGAACUAUGGCUUUGAGGAUUAUGGAGAUCGAUGUCUCACCGAGAAUCUUAAGGAAAAUGGACGCAAGGUUGUGGACUUACUGCAGAACAUGGAAUUCCCGAAAGCGCUCCUCCCUGGAAGAAACAACAAGAGGGAGACCAAUGCCGAAACAUUCUCUUCGAAAAAAGAGUUCUGUCAGAGCUUGGAGAAGCGUGAACUUCUUCAUAUGCUUUCUUUGGGGGAGCCAGAGCAACUUGGAUUCACUAUCGAGUGGUAUAGAUAUUCCAAGAGUUGA